UGCUAUGUAGUCUAGGCUGCCAAUUUGCUUUCUACAUGGAUGCGAGGGCAACUUUAAAUUGUAAGACUUCACACAGACGCCCAAAGCCUGCCUUCUUGGCUCCAGCCACCACCUUCAGCAAUUUCUCAACCUCUUUGGACUUCAUCCUCAUCUCUGUAAAUGACAGCACAAUUCCAGGUUGAAGUCUUCAAGACACUCCUGAGGCAAAAGUAAAAGUAGCCCAGGGCCAGCCCCUGGGUGGUGGUUUAGAUGGGCUGUUAACUCAGUAGGGUCGCCUAAGAUCGCCCAGCUGGUGGUUGCACCGAGUCCUGACUUUACUAUCGGCAUAGAGGAGAGGGCAGGAAACUUAAGGAAAAGUAUUUUCUUUCCACGUGAAAAUAGCUACCGGAUCCUGGUUUGGAGGAUUGCUCACUUCGAACAAGAGGAAGAACAAGCCCCAAGAGGAACGUGAAUGAGAGACCAAGUGCAGAGACAGCCACUAGUGACAUUGUUGGAAACAAGCGUACAUCGAUGUAGAAGAAGCUCCUAUUUCAGGACACAGAAGCAAGUCACAUAUAUUCUCUAUCACCGCGAUAAUGUCCGCGCCACAUGCUUGCCCACACCGGACAGUUUUUGAGACGACGUCACUAAACAAGCUCGGAACGUCUGAGACCGACCCACGGCGCGAGUAGGUAGGACCGGUUUGGAAGCGCACGAUUUAUCUGAGCUGCUGUCACUACAAGUCCCAGCAGCCCUCAGGGCAGGGAAGGGACACAGCCGCCAGAAUCCGGAUAAACUACAAAUCCCAGCAGGCAAAUAAUAACCGCGGAAACUACCAGUCCCAGAAUGCAUCGCGCUACACACCAUACCCUGGGAUUUGUAGUCAUCUGGACAGCGUUAGCUUCUAUUCACUCCCUUUCAGAAAGGACAUACAUUUCUCAGAUUUUCCACAAGAGGAUUUACCGCUUUAGCAAAAAGCACGGAUGUGAUAUGGGAAGUAGGGGCCUCGGGAGUCAACUCUCGGGGUACGGGAGGACAACUGCGCAUGUCCGCCAGAGUCCGUCGUCGAAAGCGCGCGCUAGAGGCACCCAGAGCAGGCUCCACCCCCUGUUCUCCUGGCUCCUCCCUCGAGCCCAGAGCCCAGAGAGCCUGCGCUGAGGGCGGGGCGCAGGGCGCGGGGAGGUGCUCGCAGCGCCUGCGCAGAGCGGCUGCUUCUCUCGCGAGGACGGACGCCAUUAUCGCAUCUCCCCGACAAACACCACGAGAAUUCCGCAGCCCACACGGUGACAGAAAGUGCAUACCCCAAGACUUCUGGAUUCUUGCUUAUUGGUGUGCCCGUCUUCUCGUGUUCUGGAUGAUGUCAGAACAGGACCUGGCGGAUGUGGUUCAGAUUGCAGUGGAAGACCUGAGUCCUGACCACCCAGUUGUUUUGGAGAAUCAUGUCGUGACAGAUGAUGAUGAACCUGCUUUGAAGCGCCAGCGACUAGAGAUCAAUUGCCAAGAUCCCUCUAUAAAGUCUUUCCUGUACUCUAUUAACCAGACGAUAUGUUUGCGGUUGGAUAGCAUCGAGGCCAAGCUGCAAGCUCUCGAGGCUACUUGCAAAUCUCUGGAAGAGAAGCUAGACCUGGUCACCAACAAACAGCACAGUCCUAUCCAGGUCCCUAUGGUGGCUGGUUCCCCACUUGGCGCCACCCAGACCUGCAACAAAGUGAGAUGCGUCGUCCCCCAGACUACAGUAAUACUCAACAAUGAUCGGCAGAACGCCAUUGUAGCCAAGAUGGAAGACCCAUUGAGCAACAGGGCACCGGAUUCCCUGGAAAAUAUCAUUAGCAACGCUGUUCCUGGGCGUCGGCAGAACACCAUCGUGGUGAAGGUACCAGGUCAGGAUGACAGCCACAAUGAAGAUGGGGAGAGCGGGUCAGAGGCCAGUGACUCCGUGUCUAACUGCGGCCAGCCAGGAAGCCAGAACAUUGGAAGCAACGUCACACUCAUCACUCUGAACUCUGAAGAGGACUAUCCCAAUGGCACCUGGCUGGGUGAUGAGAAUAACCCUGAGAUGCGGGUACGUUGUGCUAUCAUCCCCUCUGACAUGCUGCACAUCAGCACUAACUGUCGCACAGCUGAGAAGAUGGCAUUGACGCUGCUGGACUACCUGUUCCACCGAGAGGUUCAGGCUGUGUCCAACUUGUCGGGCCAGGGCAAGCACGGGAAGAAGCAGUUGGACCCCCUCACUAUCUAUGGCAUCCGGUGUCACCUCUUCUAUAAGUUUGGAAUCACAGAAUCUGACUGGUAUCGGAUCAAGCAGAGUAUUGACUCCAAGUGCCGUACAGCAUGGCGACGGAAGCAGCGAGGCCAGAGCCUGGCAGUCAAGAGCUUCUCCCGGAGGACACCAUCCUCAUCCUCAUAUAGUGCCUCAGAGACUAUGAUGGGUACCCCUCCACCUGCCAGUGAGCUACAGCAGUCGCAGCCACAGGCUCUACACUACGCAUUGGCCAAUGCACAGCAAGUGCAGAUCCACCAGAUUGGAGAGGAUGGACAGGUGCAAGUAAUCCCACAGGGCCACCUCCACAUUGCCCAGGUGCCUCAAGGGGAGCAGGUGCAGAUCACACAGGAUAGUGAGGGCAAUCUGCAGAUCCAUCAUGUUGGCCAGGAUGGACAGGUACUGCAAGGUGCUCAGCUCAUAGCCGUGGCCUCUUCGGACCCUGCUGCUACUGGAGUAGAUGGGUCGCCUCUCCAGGGCAGUGACAUUCAGGUUCAGUACGUCCAGCUGGCGCCUGUGAGUGACCACACAGCUACAGCACAGCAGACGGCUGAGGCAUUGCAGCCCACUCUGCAGCCCGAAAUGCAGCUUGAACAUGGAGCCAUCCAGAUCCAGUGAGACCAGGCAUUGUAGGAGAACCACACCACAGCUGCUCACUGACACUGCCCUGUGUCCUGCUCUCCUGCUUCAGCAGAGCAACUGUGGAUUCUGCAGGGCAUGUGAAAGUUCCUCCUCUUGGGAAAGGUCCUGGCCACCCCCUGCUGGAAGGCACCUCAGGAUUGAGUCCCACUGCUGGUCUCUGGAGGAGAAGUAUAGUGCAGAGCGUGUUGAGUACAUUCAGAAAAACAAGAACUACAAUAUUUUGUUUAAACAGCUUUUUUUAAUUUGCUAUGGUGUUUAUAACAAAACAGAAAAUGGAAAAAAAAAAAACCCAAACCACACACAACAGAAACACAACUGUGGAGUAGCAGAAGCCUUGGCCGUGUGCUCCCUUCGGGGUCCUGACAUAGGUAUUGGAUACAGCUGAUGAUGCUGGAGCACUGCGGACCCACUGCUAGGGGAGUGCUCCACAGUGUAAUUAUGCAUUUCUAAAGAAAUAAAGUGUAUUUAUGGCCA